AUGGCCGGCGGGCCAGCCCCACAAGCCUUAUUUAAGGAUGUACGGGCUGAAAGGCUCUCAACAGGAAGAGGGACUGUGGUUGGGGUCUACUCCGGCAACCUUCGUCCAGAGCUGAAUUUCUUCACUACUCUCCAAGAAGGAUCCAGCUCGAUCUCCGAGAAGAACGUCUACGGCGCAAAGGAAUUCGGGCCUCUCUUCGCGCUGUCUCUGCUUGGGUUGAUCUCGUCAGCUGUGAUUUUAUGGCUGUCGCUUCAUUACGACGAUGAGUUCGCCUUGGUCGCUACGAUCUUGUUGUCUUUGAGUUCGACCGUUGUCGGCCUCGCGUCAUGGUGGAAACUGGACUUGAAGGAGCGGAGCCCCAGGAAAGACAGAGACGACAAAAUUCCGGAGGGUGACGUCGUCAUAUGCGAUGCACGUCUGGGAGCGUUCCGUGUUGUAAGGUGCGAAGAAAGGAUAUCAGAUAUGUAUUUCAGGAUUGAAUCAUGCGACUACACCCUAGGAGAGACGGCAUACCGUGCUGCUUGGUUGCGUGCUACCAUACUUCUUAUGUCUGGAUUUAUCUGUCUGAGAAAGUCGAAAUCUAACUUCAAAUUGCCUUCGCCGCAUUCAUUGGAUCCAACAGAAUGGCAUUGGUGGCAAGAUUACCAAGUAGUCACUUUGGAAUGGAAGCCCAGCGGCUCUGAGGACCCCUCUUUCGACGUUGUUCUGGACGCGACUAUGUCCGCAGCGACCAUUCCGAAGGACGAUAGCAAUCAAGCUGAGGCCCAAAGGCCCCUCACAAGGCGGCAUUCGUCUUUUGCUACUUUCCUCACCCGGCGCGUUACGGCGGAAUGCGGCCUCUCACUGCCAGAAGUUGAACCCAAAUAUACAGACACGCUGUGGACCGCCAUUGCACUCGUCGGUCACUCUAGAUGGGUGCAACACGCCCGUGUGGCGCCAGAUACUGGACCUUGGAAGCAAUGGAUUGAAGAAGCUGGCAACAUCGCCGCAGCUUGGCAAGUGUAUGACAAGCUGUUACAGGAUCAAGCCGUCAAGCUCCCGGCUUGGGACUACCAAAAACGUCUCACUGACAUGUUGGAUGCCCAGACGCUUUGCGAGAAACGCGCACCUAACUGGCCGCAUCUUGUGGAGCUGAAAAAUGCUGGGUAUUUCCCCGUAACAAGGGCAGAGGCUCAACCAUUGAGAAUGCAAAUAGUUGCUGAGUUGGGCCAUCUGCCGCAAAAUGCAGGUGAAGCUGAGAAAUCCCAAGGGGUCUCAACUGGUGUGUUUUCGACUCAUGCUAAGCCAAUAGAACGUUCGGGUAGCAGCACUCAUUUGGGCGUUGAAGGAACACGGCUCCGCCAAAGUACUUCCAGAGAUCAGUCACAGGAUCGUCGUCAACGGGCAUCGGUGCCUGAAAGCUUGCAGCUGGAGGCAAGAGCGAUGAGAAACGAGGACGUGGUGUCAUCAGGCCCGGAUCUGGAGGAGUCACAGACCGAGUCACAGAUCGGCAGGAGGAAAGAGAAGGCCGGAGUCUCGGUCGCCUGGCUCUGGUGA